UAUUAACAGUUCGGUUAAACUUAGAAAAAAAAUAUGGAUUAUGAAGUAGAUGUGAUUGAUGAUGAUCAUAAUGAUGAAUCGGAAACACAAAUCAGCAUGUGGAGGACAUUAAUAGAAUUAGUAAAAAGAAAUCCUGUGUUGUAUAAAAAAAAUCUGAAGGGAUACAGUAAGAAAUUGGAUAAGGACUUGAUAUGGGCCAAUAUUGGGGACUUAUUAACACCGCCAAUGACUGGAAUAGCUGUACAAAAGGAGUUUUAUCGCUUGCGACAGAAGUUUGGAAAAGAGCGCCGGAAAGUUGUGCAAACGCAGGCAAGAUCUGGCGCGGGUACAGAUCAUGUGCAAUAUAAAUCAGAUUGAAUACUAUAUGACGAUUUAAUGUUUCUCGCUGAUUAUAUUCAACCUAGAAAGUGAGUAAAUCAUUUUUGUGUUUAUAUUUUUGCUUUGUAUAAAACAAUAGUUAAAAGGCCUGUAAUUUAAUUAUGAGUGUGCACGAUUGUGCGACGACCGGCAAUCGCGGAUCGCGCGGGUCGGCUCAACUCGCGCACCAACGUAUUUUAUUUGGCGCCGAUAUAAGAUCCGACUGGAACUCCGGGAGAUGUGAGGUGCGGACAGCAGGCAUUAAAUGGCCAAUAGUCGGUUAGUUAAUUGCGAACACUUACGGACGUUUAUUAAAUUAACAAAGGAAGAAAGCAAGCCAACGGCUGUGCUGAGCGAACAAAGGAAGGUUCACUGGCGAGAGAUCACCUUGUGACAAGGUGAUCGAACUUAUUUAUGUUAGGCGCGAACAAAGCGAUGAGACGGAGCGGAUGGUUCUCUCGCGGACGAAUUUAACGCCGCGGACGCCGUCGAGAUCGCGAUAGGCUAGCUUCGGCGCACUGGUGAGGUGUACGGACGUCAAUCACUCGAAUCGAUGCACGUAGCCGCUCCGAGAAAGUAGCCCUGCUGCUGGACCGGAUGCCCGAAUCUCGAACCGUCGUUCGCAGCGUACCCGUUCAGUGCGGGCGAGAUUGUGUGACUCCGUGUCUCCGAUACUGGGAUUCGGUGCGGCUCACGUUCCGAAGAGGUGAAUUGGAGAGUCCGAGGAUAGGCGAUCGGUCCGACUGAAUUCUCUCUCGCAGAGACUGAGAAAACUGCCGCGUGGGUUAUCGUGAAACGACACCACAGCUGUCGUAUUCAGAGCGAUCGACUAACGACUGACUCCCCGCUUCCCACGUCUCCGGCGUGACCCGGCAUCGGAGGUGGUUUUGGAGUCGACCGAUGACAAAAUAUUAUUGAAUUUCGUUAGCGCGACGCAAGUCAUCGGUCGACUCCGACUCGGUGCUGGCGAAGAUUUUCGCGCGCGGCGCGAUCAGCUGGCUCGAACGGGGUCAUCGACCCGCAUUGCUCGCGACGCUUUUGCCCGAACGCGCCGCGACUUCGAACGCUACAUCGAAUUCGAAACAAUGAGUAAUUAAAAUAAAUAACAUAAUGUAUUACGAGUAUGUCUGUAUAGGAUGACAUCAAAUUAUCAACGGUCUAUACAAAAAACAGUUUCCGCUUCACAAACUUCACUUCUUGCCCCAUCGACAUCUUCAACAUAUUUAUCUAAACAAACUUCUAAUGACAGCUUAGAUCAAUGGAAUGCUGGCUUGAACGAAUCUUUAACAGGUGAGAAAUUAUAACGCACAUUGCAUACGGUUAACUUAUUAUAUGCUGACUGGCGUUUAUAGUUGGAUUUUGAUAACUAGGAAUAUUAGUCAUUGUAUUAAUGCCUUUAAAUAGAUGCAGGUUUGGAAGAUACAAAUGAUGAAGUGCUUUCUGCAGUGCAUUCCAUGGCAGCGUGUUC